AUGGACUCCAGUCUCGAGUUCCUCGGUUCCUUUGACGUUUCUGACUCUCAAGGCACCGUAAUAGCAUCUGCGGAGGAGGUUGACGAGGCACAGGAGGAGGAGUUGUUGUUUUCGGUCCGUUGUCGUACUCGACCAACGCCUGGUACAGAUAACUCUGGGGACGAGGAGGAGGGGAAGGCAGGAGAUGAAGGGGUGAUAGAUGCUCCAGCUCCACCGACAAAGAAAAUGAAGGCUGCCAAGAAGGCUGCUAAGAAGCCCGUUCGUGAGACUAGAGAACUCCCGCCUACGCCCUCGAGAGACAAGCGCCAACGCAAGUCAGUGCGGGAUGCUUAUAAAGGACAUUCCAGGGCGUUACUCCCCAUCCCAAAAAUCAUCGAUGACUACAACCACCACAUGAACGGAGUCGACAUCGCCGACCAGUUACGCAGCUACUAUUCGACUCAGCUCAGGACUUAUCGCGCAUGGGCUCCGAUCUUCUUCUGGUUACUGGAUACAACAAUCAUCAACGCGUACCUCAUCAACAAACUCUUCGGCUCUUUAGUUCAGCCAUCGUCGCCUUCUCCCUCGACACGCAACGCCGGCAGCUCGCAGCAGGCACCAUCCUCGACGGUGUCAUCAGUCUCGACGCCGUAUUCACAAAGUAACAGCGCAUCGCAGAUUUUCGAGGAAACAUCAUUCUUCAACCAGCUCUCGUCGAACGAUUCUCUUUCACGAGAACAACAUCAACAACAGCUGCGUGCGGAUCAAUUGAAUCGGGAAGGCGAAUAUCAAUCGUCCUCGCUCUUUGGGCAGAAUCAAAGUAGAUAUGGCCUCGGGUUCAUUGACAACAACCCGACGUCAUCUCUGAACUACCAUCAUUCAGAACGUGGCAUCAAUCGCGACGAUGAUGACGAUACUGACGGAGAUCAUACGGACAAGGAUGAUGAUGGGUCAAGUCAGGAUGAAUCUGGACCAUUGAGAGAACAGAUCAAGCAACUUCAAUUGGAGGAUGUGCUGGCGUUCUUGCCUGUUGGUGGGGCAUCUGCCUCGGGGAUGCUGCAGAGGCCAGCUGAUUAUGAGUACCAGAGGAGAACCGCCUCAGGAGACAAAAUGCCGUUUCAGCUGGAUGACGAGUUGGCGAAUCUGGAAACCAAGUCUCUUGAGGAGAUAUUGGGGCACGAUGGUGGAGAUGAGGAUGAUGGAGAUAGAGUCAAAGGCAUUCGGUUCAAGGACACUAUGGCGCCCAGUCGAAUGCGGGGGCUUGGUCGUGAAGAUCAGGAUAAGCCCGGAGCGUUCAGGACCCAAUUCUCAAAGUCAAGCGCCCACAACUCUGUCGGUUCAUCAUUCAGUGAUCUAUCGGAUUCUUCUGUUACCCAAUCGGCCAUGGAAGAUGCUUACUUGUCGGGAUACAACAACUCAAAGAUGUAA